CAUAAAACAAUCAAUCGUUAUCUUUUAGAGGGGACAACUUCAUCAAUGGAAAUGACUAAGCACACGCAAUUGUUCUUUCCUCUGCUCAUCCUGUCUGUCUUCCUGGUGGGUUCGAGCAUGGCGGCAACAGAGAAUGUAAUUAAGGAUGACAUCCUGGAAUGGGUGAAGAACGACACCCAUCGCUUCCUCAAUGCCGUCAUUAGAGUCGGUGAUCUGAAUCGCACCGUCGAGUUUUAUAAAGAGUGUUUUGGGAUGCAGUUGUUGAGCCAAAAAGACUUCCCAGAGGAGAAAUACAGCAAGGCCAUAGUUGGUUUUGGACCUCAGGAGUCUCACUUUGUGCUGGAGCUGAUAUAUAUCUACGGAGUCGAGAAAUAUGAGGUUGGGACAGCAUGGUCGCACUUUGGACUUCAGUUUCUAGAUAUAUAUCCGGUUGUGGAGAAAGUACGACAAGCAGGUGGCGUCAUCACGACAGAACCGGGGAGUCAUGGGGGGCAGCAGGUCUAUGCUUUUGUGGACGAUCCGAAUGGCUAUAGCUUCGAGCUCCUCCAGCGAGUGCCGACUCCUGAACCGCUCAACCAUUUCAUGCUUCAAGUGGCCGAUCUGGAUCGUGCCAUCAGUUUCUACGAGAAGGCAUUGGGUAUGAAAGUCCUCUUGAAGUACGACAGCCCUCAAGAUAAGUUUACAAUAGCUAUGGUGGGUUAUGGAUCAGAUUAUAUUCAGUCACCGGUCAUCGAGCUCAGGUACAACUACAACGUGACCGAGUACACUGCAGGCAAUGCGUAUGUUCAUGCCGCGAUAGGCACCAGUGAUGUAUACAAAAGCGCUGCAGCUGUUGCACUUGUUACACAAGAACUUGGGGGGAAGAUCGUUCGCCCACCGGGCCCAAAUCCCGUAACCGGCACCAAGAUGACUUCAUUCCUUGAUCCUGAUGGCAGGAAAACCGUCUUGGUGGACAAUGAGGAUUAUCUGAAAGAGAUAAAGAAUAACGGCCAGUGAGAUGGACAGCUUCAUAUUGCGCAAAUAAUUGGUUGCUGAAAACAAAGAGAGAAACAGAAUAAACCGCAAUGAAGCAGGCGUUCACAAAGAUUGUUUCUGAUUGCAUUUCUUUACAGUUAAGCAUUUAUAUGGUUCAUUGUCAACGUGAAUAAUUGGAUUGGUCGUUGUUAAUUUUAAAUGCAGUAAGACAGUUUGUAUUAAGAUCAUGUUAAUUAUUUGGAAGGAUGUUCACUUCA